CAUCCAUGGCACGGAGCGGCGGCGGCGGCAGGAGCCCGGCGCGAUCCGCUAGGUCCCAGCCCCGCGCAGAGCGAGCAGGCGACGCGGCGGGGCCCGGCCUCAACCGGCCCGGGGGCACCGCGCAGAGAGCCGGGCCGCGCCGCUGGGGGCCGGCCGCGCUGCGCUGACAGCCGCGCCCGCGUCCUCCCCGCCGGGGCGCUCGCCGGACAUGCCCCCGGGGCGCGGCGGCGGGGACCCCGGGGCUUGCCUCCGCCCAGGGCCCCCCGCCCCGCCCUCGAGCGCCCCGGGCCCCCGCUGAGCACGCCUCCCGCACGCCCGGAUCCCUCCGGCCGGCGCGCAGACGGGCCCCAGCGCUGUCGGUCCCCGCGGGGCGAUGGGCUGAUGGGCGCCGCGGGACGCAGGAUGCGGGGGGCGCCCGCGCGCCUGCUGCUGCCGCUGCUGCCGUGGCUCCUGCUCUUGGCGCCUGAGGCCCGGGGCGCGCCCGGCUGCCCGGUCCCCAUCCGCAGCUGCAAGUGCUCGGGGGAGCGGCCCAAGGGGCUAAGCGGCGGCGCCCCCAGCCCGGCGCGCAGGAGGGUGGUGUGCGGCGGCGGGGACCUCCCGGAGCCUCCCGAGCCCGGCCUUCUGCCUAACAGCACCGUUACCCUGCUCUUGAGCAACAACAAGAUCACAGCGCUCCGGAACGGCUCCUUCGUGGGACUGCCCCUGCUGGAGAAACUGGACCUGAGGAACAACAUCAUCAGCACCGUGCAGCCGGGCGCCUUCCUGGGUCUGGGGGAGCUGAAGCGCUUAGAUCUCUCCAACAACCGGAUUGGCUGUCUCACCUCUGAGACCUUCCAAGGCCUCCCCAGGCUUCUCCGGCUAAACAUAUCUGGAAACAUCUUCUCCAGUCUGCAGCCUGGGGUCUUUGAUGAGCUGCCAGCCCUCAAGGUUGUGGACUUCGGCACCGAGUUCCUGACCUGUGACUGUCGCCUGCGCUGGCUGCUGUCCUGGGCCCGGAAUCGCUCCGUGCAGCUGUCGGAGCGCACGCUCUGUGCCUACCCCAGCGCCCUGCACGCCCAGGCCCUGGGUGGCCUCCAGGAGGCCCAGCUGCGCUGCGAGGGGGCCCUGGAGCUGCACACACACCACCUCAUCCCAUCCCUCCGCCAAGUGGUCUUCCAGGGCGACCGGCUGCCCUUCCAGUGCUCGGCCAGCUACCUGGGCAACGACACCCGCAUCCGCUGGUACCACAACCGGACCCCGGUGGAGGGUGACGAGCAGGAGGGCAUCCUUCUGGGCGACAGCCUCAUCCACGACUGCACCUUCAUCACCAGUGAGCUGACCCUGUCUCACAUCGGCGUGUGGGCCUCAGGCGAAUGGGAGUGCUCCGUGUCCACGGUCCAGGGAAACGCCAGCAGGAAGGUGGAGAUCGUAGUGCUGGAGACCUCGGCCUCCUACUGCCCCGCUGAGCGCGUCGCCAACAACCGAGGGGACUUCAGGUGGCCUCGAACUCUGGCUGGCAUCACAGCCUACCAGUCCUGCCUGCAGUACCCCUUCACCUCGGUGCCCCUGAGCGGGGGUGCCCCCGGCACCCGAGCCUCCCGCCGGUGUGACCGAGCUGGCCGCUGGGAGCCGGGGGACUACUCCCCCUGUCUGUACACCAAUGACAUCACCCGGGUGCUCUACACCUUCGUGCUGAUGCCCAUCAACGCCUCCAACGCGCUGACCCUGGCCCACCAGCUGCGCGUAUACACAGCCGAGGCCACCAGCUUCUCCGACAUGAUGGACGUCGUCUACGUGGCUCAGAUGAUCCAGAAGUUUCUGGGUUACGUUGACCAGAUCAAAGAGCUGGUGGAGGUGAUGGUGGACAUGGCCAGCAACCUGAUGCUGGUGGACGAGCACCUGCUAUGGCUGGCCCAGCGCGAGGACAAGGCCUGCAGCGGCAUCGUGGGCGCCCUGGAGCGCGUUGGGGGCGCCGCCCUGAGCCCCCACGCCCAGCACAUCUCUGUGAACUCGAGGAACGUGGCCUUGGAAGCCUACCUCAUCAAGCCGCACAGCUACGUGGGCCUGACCUGCACAGCCUUCCAGAGGAGGGAGGUGGGUGGGCCAGGCACCCGGCCCUUGGGUCCCGGCCAGAACCCCUCUCCAGAGCCGGAACCCCUGGCUGACCAGCAGCUCCGCUUCCGCUGUACCACCGGGAGGCCCAACGUUUCUCUGUCGUCCUUCCACAUCAAGAACAGCGUGGCCCUGGCCUCCAUCCAGCUGCCGCCCAGUCUGUUCUCAUCCCUCCCCGCUGCCCUGGCUCCCCCGGUCCCCCCAGACUGCACCCUGCAGCUGCUCGUCUUCCGAAACGGCCGCCUCUUCCGCAGCCACGGCAACACCUCCCGCCCCGGAGCCGCUGGGCCUGGCAAGAGGCGUGGCGUGGCCACCCCCGUCAUCUUCGCGGGGACCAGUGGCUGCGGCGUGGGAAACCUGACCGAGCCGGUGGCCGUUUCGCUGCGGCACUGGGCUGAGGGGGCCGAGCCUGUGGCAGCUUGGUGGAACCAGGAGGGGCCAGGGGGGCCCGGGGGCUGGAGCUCCGAGGGCUGCCAGCUCCACUCCAGCCAGCCCAACGUCAGCUCCCUGCAGUGCCAGCACCUGGGCAACGUGGCCGUGCUCAUGGAGAUGAGCGCCUUCCCCAGGGAGGUGGGGGGCUCAGGGGCAGGGCUGCACCCUGUCGUGUACCCCUGCACGGCCCUGCUGCUGCUCUGCCUCUUCUCCACCAUCAUCACCUACAUCCUCAACCACAGCUCCAUCCACGUGUCCCGGAAGGGCUGGCAUAUGCUGCUGAACCUGUGCUUCCACAUGGCCAUGACCUCUGCCGUCUUCGCGGGAGGCAUCACACUCACCAACUACCAGAUGGUCUGCCAGGCGGUGGGCAUCACGCUGCACUACUCCUCACUGUCCACACUGCUCUGGAUGGGGGUGAAGGCCCGCGUCCUCCACAAGGAGCUCACCUGGAGGGCACCCCCGCCACAAGAAGGGGACGCUGCCCCGCCUGCCCCCCGACCCAUGCUCCGGUUCUAUCUGAUCGCAGGAGGGAUCCCACUCAUCAUCUGCGGCAUCACAGCCGCUGUCAACAUCCACAACUACCGGGACCACAGCCCCUACUGCUGGCUGGUGUGGCGCCCAAGCCUAGGAGCCUUCUACAUCCCGGUGGCCCUGAUUCUGCUCAUCACCUGGAUCUACUUCCUGUGCGCGGGGCUGCGCUUACGGGGUCCGCUGGCGCAGAGCCCAAAGGGGGGCGCCGGCAGGGUCUCCCUGGAGCCAGCGGAGGAGCUGAGGGGCUCCACCAGGCUCAGGAGCAGCGGCCCCCUCCUGAGUGACUCGGGUUCCCUUCUGGCCGCGGGGAGCUCAGGGGGGGUGACGCCCGGGCCGCUGGAGGAUGGCGACGGCCUCUAUUCUCCGGGGGUGCAGCUGGGGGCGCUGGUGACCACGCAUUUCCUCUACCUGGCCAUGUGGGCCUGCGGGGCGCUGACCGUGUCCCAGCGCUGGCUGCCGCGGGUGGUGUGCGGCUGUCUGUACGGGGCGGCGGCCUCCGCCCUGGGCCUCUUCGUCUUCACCCACCACUGUGCCCGGCGCAGGGACGUCAGGGCCUCCUGGCGCGCCUGCCGGCCCCCCGCCUCGGCCCCCCGCGCCUCCCCGCGGGCCGCGCCCGCCGCCCCCGAGGACGGGUCCCCGGUGUUCGGAGAGGGGCCCCCGUCCCUCAAGUCGUCCCCGAGCGGCAGCAGCGGCCACGCGCCGCCCCCGGGGCCAACCUGCAAGCUCACCAACCUGCAGCUGGCGCAGAGCCAGGCGUGCGAGGCGGGGGAGCCCGAGCCCCCGGGCCCCCGGGCGGCGCCCGGCCCGCGCCACCCCAACAACCUGCCCCACGGCCGCCGGGGCCACAAGAGCCGGGCCAAGGGGCACCGCGCGGGGGAGGCCGGCGGCAAGAACCGGCUCCGGGCGCUGCGCGGGGGCGCGGCCGGGGCGGCCGAGCUGCCGUCCAGCGAGAGCGGCAGCCCGCACCACAGCCCGUCCGACAGCUACCUGGGCAGCAGCCGCGACAGCCCGGGCGCCGGCCCCCGGCCGGAGGGCGAGCCCGCGCUCACGCCGUCGGAGGGCAGCGACACGAGCGCCGCGCCGCCCCCCGAGGCCGGCCGGCCGGGCCAGCGCCGCAGCGCCAGCCGCGACAACCUCCGGGGCGGCGGGGCCGGCGCGCUGGAGAAGGAGAGCAAGCGCCGCUCCUACCCGCUCAACACGGCCAGCCUGAACGGCGCCCCCAAGGGCGGCAAGUACGACGACGUCACCUUGAGCGGCGCGGAGGCGGCCGGCGGCGGCGGCGGCUGCAUGAAGACCGGGCUCUGGAAGAGCGAGACCACCGUCUAGGGCGGGGGCGGGCGCCGCAUCGGGGCGGGCUGGGCGCGCGGGCUCGUGACCCCGCUUCUCGGGGGCCCUCAGAGACGUCGAUCGGUACGCCCCCAGGCUGGAGGUAGCGGUGCCUCGCUGCACCCGGGCUCGCCAGCUUUAGACCUGGAGGCCGGGGAAGGGACGGGCACAGGCCUGUCACUGCGAAGAGGGCCGUCCCUCUGGGGUAGCGACAGACAAUCCCUGAACCGCAGGCAGGAUACGUUUCCGGCCCGGCGCAGGCUGGUUUCGGCAGCACCUGCCGUCCAGGCUUGGGGGAAAGGUCCUGUCGGUCUGUAGAGUGACCAAGAGUGGCAGGCAUAGCUCAGGCGGGCUCCUCCUAAGGUACUCCCCGCACCUCCCGCUGGCAGCCAUCAGCCCUAUCGGGAACACACAGGUGACCGAAGGCUGAGUAAGGUGUUCUCUCCUCACUGCCCUUCUAUGAAAUCACCCGUCUGUGCCCAGGUGCUAGGGCCUCUCCCUCACCCAGUUUCUGGCUAACCAGGGAGCCAGCCUAGCAGACCAGUCAGGUGACCAGGACCCAUGGGAGGAAACAAGGUGCUGUUUUUCGGAUUAACUAUGCAAGAGGAGACGGUGGAGCAGUGCGAAAAGGCAGCUGCAGGGAGGGACUAGCUCUCUGGAAGGGGGGGAGGUGGAAGGGUGCACGAGUAGGGCUGGAGGCCAUUCCCACAGGACUGGGACACACACCACACAGCGGGGCUCGAGGGGGCACUUCAGGAUGAAGCCCAGGCCCCACAUCUAAGAUACUGCCUGCCAGGUGCCUGGCGAUGAUGUGAGGGAAGCAGAGAGAGCUGGUGCCUAGAUCUGGGGCUGAAGCUAGUCCUGCCUUAAACCUAGUCCCAUUAAAAACAGAAACAAAAAACGCUCUGAAGAGGGGCGCCACCGCCAGGCUGCAGGGGAUGCUGCAGAAGCACUUACUGCUGGAUGACAGGGCCCCAGCCUCAGCCUCCCACCUCCCAGGGACUGAGGAGGAGCACUCCCUCCCUCCAUAAGGCCCUAUGGGAGAACCCUUCCAAUGAGUUGAUCUCUAGCUCCAUAUUAGGAAGAAACCUCCAAAACAUCACACCAGCUUCUCGCCUCACUGAAGCCCCUGCCAAGGCCCCGAGGCAGUGGGUGGGGCCCCUGCAGCUCACCUGGGGCCUGCACCUUCACUACUUGUAAACCCCAGCACACGUAUUUUUCCCAACCUAAAAAGCAACCACCAGCCUUUGGUUACAGGCAAUGCAAGUGGAGGGAACCUCGGGCCUCAUGAAAAGCAACAGGGAAAGCCGGCCCAGUCUCCACGUCACCACGGCCUGAUCGCCAAGGCGAGAGAAGACAGAGGAGAAGGGAGAAAACCCGCACGCCUCAGGAUGGGCCCUGUUAUUUAUGCUUGCUGCACACAGUAUUAGACAGAAAAAAAAAAAAAGCAAAAAAAAAAAAAAAGCUUCGUAUUAUUCUUCCACGUAUGCUGGCUGCUGUUUACAUACCCUGCCAAUGCCUUAGCACUGGAGAGCUUUUUGCAAUACGCUGGGGAAAGGGGAGGGAGGGGAUGAAAAGUGCCAAAGAAAACAUGUUUUUAAAAGCUCGGGUUUUAUACAAUAGAAUGUUUUCUAGCAGAUGCCUCUUGUUUUAAUAUAUUAAAAUUUUGCAAAGCCCUU